AGUUGGGGUUCCUCCUACAGAAACAUGGACGAGUACGAACAAUUCCUGAAGAAAAUACAAGAAGGGCUACUUCAGAAGGAAUCUGAACCAGAUGAAGUACAGCAGACAACUUCAAGAGAGAAUCUUCCCCGGCAGAAGCAGUCACAGCAGCAACAGCAGCCACAGCGAGAGCAGCAGCAGCACCAAGCAUCACAAAAGUCAGAAGUUCUUGGCUCACCUUCUUUCCAGGCUGUGUAUGAUGGUAUAUGUCAGGGUAUCCGCUCCUCCGGUACUCUAGACGACAUCAUGAAAGAUUUCCAGGCUUUAAAAACAGAUUUAGAACGGGUGAAAUAUAUCGCUGAGAUGGCUGAGAUUAAAGCAAUGACUUUGGAAGAAAAUUACGCCAAAAAGAGUGAGGAAGAUGCCAGUAACUACGAGAAGGUCUACGAGAUGCUGGUGCCUAACGAGGCGUCUGCCAGCAAGGCUCUGGAGGUGAUGAAGAAAUGUGUUCAGAAGACUCCCGUGGCAGACACUACUAACCUCGCUCUCAGGUACAUGAAGAGAGCCUGGGCUUCUCUCCUCUUAGAACAUUUUGAUGAUGCAAAAGUUGAUGCCAAGAGGAGUUUAUCGUUGAACUGUCCCGAGGACCUACUAUGGAACUCAUUUGAGAUCUUAGGUUAUUGUAGCGCUAGGAUACAAGACAACAAGGCAGCAGAACACUACUUCCAAAAAGCCUUGGAAAACCUGCGUAAAAGUACCGUGGUUAACGAAAUCAAAGCAACAGUUGCUGGGAGGAUAAUGAUUGUCUUUAAGACGGUAAAGGCAAAGAAAAAUAAAAAGGUCUCGAAGGAAGAGGAAGAGAGAGUGAAGAAGCGUAUACCUCAAGUGUCUCAUGGACCUCAUGAGGCCUUCCCCAGUGCAUCAUCUGCACUUGACUUUCUCAUUACAGAAGACAGAGGUCGCUGUACCAUAGCCAAGAAAGACAUCAAGCCAGGUGACAUCUUGAUGGUGGAUACUCCAUACUGCACCAUGCUCAACCCAGAGUCUUUGAGUACCCACUGUUACCACUGUUAUACCCGCUGCCCCACACCCGUACCCUGCACGUCUUGUGCCAAGGUGUGGUACUGCAGCGAGGAGUGCCAGGUAGCAUCCUGGGGAGGACUGCACGCCUCUGAGUGCACCGUCCUCAACCAUCUCAUGGAUCCAGGUAUAGGCAAGAUGGCUCUGCUGGCCUACAGAGUGAUGACAACGAUAAAAUGGAGAGGACUGCAGAAGUGGCGACGACAGAUAGAGAACUUGGUGGAGGCCGAUGUGGUGGAGGGUGAGGAAUUUUAUAUGGAGGAACAGUCUUUAGGAGAGGCUAAACAUGAAACUUUCCCGGGGAAGCCCUUCACAUGGGAGGGGAAGUACAAUCCUCGCGACUACAGAACCGUUCUCCGCUUAAUAACCAACUCCACUAAGAGGACGUUCGGUGACAUGUUCAAGCGAGCGAUUACUGCAGUAUAUCUGGCUCACUGCCUGAGACUUACAGGCUAUUUUGGCCCAGAUGAUAACGAGGACAAUAUAAUAUUUGCCGCAAGUCUUUUACUCAGGCACUUACAAGGAGGUUCUUGCAAUGCGUAUGAAAUCAGUGAGUUUGAUGUUGGUUCUGAGGGUAUUGCUAGUACAAAGAUGAUUGAGGUGGGUGGAGCUCUGUACACCACCAUCUCCCUCACCAACCACUCCUGUGUCAGUAACACCACUCGUUACAGUGUGGGUGAUAAGUGUGUACUGAGGGCUACCAGGUCCAUUUCUCGGGUAGUGAAGUUUUCGAUAAUUACGGUUUCCAUUUUUUAUUCGGUCACUGUUAACGAACGUCAAGAAGCUCUGUUUAACCAAUAUAAAUUUAAAUGUAUGUGUGAGGCGUGUAAAUGGGCAUGGCCGUUGUAUCCACAUCACCCGGCCGAGACCCUCAUCUUCAGGUGUCCAGCACCCUCCUGUGGUGGCCCCUGCUGCUACUCCAGCAGCAGCCGCUCCAAGUGUAACAUGUGUGGCAACCAACAGCAGUAUACCAAGUUCGUACAAGAAUUAGAGCUACAGUUAAGCAGCUACAGAGAUGCACUAGACAAGUUGAGAAAUGACGACCCGUCGUCUGCGCUGCCUAUCCUAUUGGCCCAUCAAGCCUUCCUGGACCGGCAUGUUGUAGAGCCCGUGAAACACUACACGGACAUACAAGAGGCUACCAAGCAGUGCUACAACUACUUGGAAAUAUCCAUCAACUUCGGCAGACCACACCCUGGCCCAGCCACAGUAACGUCCACCACCUAAGCUGAAGGCGGCGCCCAGGAAGGUUGUCAUGCAUCAAUAGUUCCCAGACUCGAGGCUCCAUCAUACAACCAUUGUAAGAUGUUUGCUCACAAUUCAAGUCAUCCCGGCUACAGGUAAUUCUU